AGACAGACAGACAGACAGACAGACAGACAGAGAGAGAGGUCACCUUGACUCAGUCAACAUGGAGAUGUCUGGAGACCGUGUCUACGACAAUAUUACCUUUGAACCAAAGAAUCAGGUCAACACUGGAGGGACAAGUGCUGAGGAAGAGGGUGUCGACAAACAUGUAAAUUGUGGCAAUCCUGAUAUCAGAGACACGGCUACGGUUAUCCCAAGUACUGGACAAGGAGCAGUUUCAGAGAGGAGUCGCUAUAAACCUGCAGCAGCGUGUCUAGGGGUGCUGUGUGUUCUCCUGCUGGCUUGGGUCACAGCACUGGGAGUCAUCUAUUUCAACACUACUGUGGAGAGAGAUGACCUUAAGAGGAGGCUAAGUGAGGUCACUUGUCCUGAUGGCUGGCUGAAGUUUGGUUGUAGAUGUUACUAUGUCUCUACUGAGAAGAAGAACUGGGCUGCCAGCAGACAGGACUGUAGAGGGAGAGGAGCAGACCUGGUGAUCAUAAACAGCCUAGAGGAACAGUUAUUCCUGAAUAACCUCACCAAGGGUGCGUGGAUUGGUAUGACUGACACAGUAACAGAAGGGACCUGGAUCUGGGUGGAUGGAACACCACUGACUUCACCACUGUUCUGGCUGCCCGGUAUUCCUGACAAUUACUGGAGAAAGUUUAGUUCGGACUGUGGUAUAUUCUCCACAUUGCCAUGGGCCACUCCUCCCCUGACAUGGAACGACAUCUCAUGUAAUUAUACCACCUCCUGGGUCUGUGAGAGAGCUGAUGGUUAACUAGUAGUUGCAAAAAUGAUAGUUGCAAACAUUUUGUUUUAUUGACCAAAUGUAUAUAAUGAUUUGAAAGUUAAAUAUUUUUUUCCCAGCAAUCAUGUUGCCCUACAGUAGUAUAUAUCACCUAAUUUGGUUAUUUUAAUGUUUAAUUUGCUUACCUAUAAUACAUGAAAUGCU